GCCCAGCGUCUCCACCCUUCCUUUCUCUCCUUUCUCUCUUCCCCGCACACUCUUGUCCAUAUCCUGACAACCCGCACGCAGCAGCCGCGAGCGUCCAGUCCUCUCGCAAUCUUUGUACAAAGGAUCGCGCGCUGUGAGCUAGGGAGCAUCCCCAGCACCAUCCGCCGGAUCACCCACCCACCUCCAACGCCCACCACCUCCUCGCUUUUGUGUCGCCCUACCGUCCUCCCCUCCUCCCCUCGUCCCGCAUUCAUACCCUUCUACAUCAUCCAAAAUGUCCUCCCGACCGAAACAGUCCAUGUCCGAGCUCAAGCUUCGCCGACUACUCGAACACAACCAGCGUCUGCGAGAGGACCUCGCGCGCCCGCGCAUACGCGUGAGCGAGGCCAGCGCCAGCCUCAUCCGGUAUUGCAAGACAACGAAAGACCACCUGGUGCCAUCCGUUUGGGGACCCGUGGGUAAAAACGAGGAUCCAUACGCGCCACAGACGAGUGGAGGAUGCUGUCUCGUUCAAUGAUUCCCCUCCCUCCCUCGUCUUGUUUCUCUAUCCUCCACAGUCCACAGUGUCCCGCAUACCAUUCAUGCUCAUCGCACCGCCGAUACCUCCCCUAUCAGCUCGCUCGCUCGCUCGUUCUUCUCGCACCGACUCUCGCUUCGUCCCUCUCCCUUUUCUUAUAUUCCCCUGCCUCCGCCUCAGUUUCUCCUCCUUGCUUCUAUGAUUUUCUAACCGGCCUCGUCUUUCUCUGUGCAUUCAUAUAUACUCUGUCUUUCACAUACGUACAACCCAUCUAUCUAUCGAUCGAUCUAUCUCUUAUUACCCCUACGGCUCCCGCCCGUCUGCUUGGUUAUCCCUCCGUCCGUGCGAGGACCGUGUGGGUGACGUCCCGUUCUAUCUCUGGCUCCUCCGCCGAUCCCCCUACGUGUUUGGAUCGUGUGCGGAGUCGAGUCAUCUGGGAUGGGAGGUAGGGAGUGGAAGGUAGCAAGAAAGAGGGGAAGGGGCGACCGUGGCUGCCGACGUCGUUUGUGUAUAUAUCAAAGGAGGACGCCGUGACAUAUAGGAUUGGAUUUCUUGUUGUUGCGCUCGCUUGGCGGCCUCGAUCUUGAUGCGACGCGCGCGGGUGGUUGACAGGAACAUACGCGCAAGCACGCUCCCUGGGUAGGAAGCCGGAGUGGUGUGGAUGUAGGGGUGGAUCCACUUGGACCCACUGCGCCGUAACUGUCGCCUAUGAUUGCAUUGCGUUCCAAAUAGUAGUUAUUUAUAUGUUCAUUUUGAUCCUCUUCCAUCCGUUCCACCCAACUAUCAUCUUGACGCACCUUCUCUCGAUACUCCAGCUUUAUAUAUAGGCCUUUGCUCGAGUCGUUUACGUGCUGCUGCACCUCUUUCCAUUCCGUCUUUGUAAUUGUCUCGCUCUCGACCUAAAUCCGGUUUGGCCAGCCCCU